AUGGUUAAAAAUGACGAGACUGUCAUUGAGUACGUCCCCCAACCACCAACAUAUCAUCUCAGCAUGACCUCCAUUGACAUCUCCAUCAGGGAGUUCAAUGACAUAGUCAACAUGUCAGCAAAAGAACUGCAAGACUGGCUAGGUAAAGAAGAGUCCGCCGGCGCCGGCUGGGACAAAGACGACGGCUCUGGGGAGACGAUAGGUCAUGAAAGUGGCCGUAAGAUCAUAGAGAUCCUCGAGAAGAACCCCAAGAAAGAUCCGAGUAAGUAUGACGAAGAAGAUAUUCAGCAUAUGCGUCGAGUUGUGGCGUAUUGCAAGCGCCAUUUGGCACAGGAGGGUAAGGCGAAGCAGGAUCCGGAAAGUAAGAGUGCGAGGUCGUUGCGCAACUGGGGACAUGAUCCGCAGAAGACUUGA